AUGGGCUACCACACUUCGCACAGUAGCAAGAGGGUAACGUGGCCGUCUCUGCCACAGCGCACCUCUUGCCAUACCUAUCCGCCUCACGAGGGAGUCAUAGAGCCAGAAAGAGCGCAGUGCCACUCUGUCAACUCCUACCCUCGCUCCUCAAGGAUAACAGCAACUCCGUUGUCCGCCACGGCAACACAUGGCGUCGUGCACCUGCCGUCUGCGUACUGUUGCUCGACUGCGCCACCGUUCAUGAGCGGUAGCGGUGUGUGGGGACGUGCUGACUAUCUUCCACAUACCUGUCAUGUAUCUUCAAUAGCGGCGCCAUCAGCAUCCGUAGCUCAUUUCAAUGACGCCUACAGAACUACUGCGGGCACAUCCACCCGCUUCGCCGGCGCCGGUGCCAACCUGCCACCUCAGCGCGUAGGUGUUCAUAACUGCAACGACGUUGACGGCGCUCGCGCGCACAGGUUGACGAACUCGACGACGCUUGCUGUGGCGCGGAGUGUCGGCGCGGCGUUGGGCACGGGGUCAGCUCAGCGGCCCUCCAGCGCCCCCUUCGGUGCACCCCCAAUGAUGCCGGCUGCGCCAAGUGGCCGACGAAGCGGUGCUUCUUCAGCUGCGUACGUAGCGAACACAUACAGCAGCAGCAGCAGUAGGCGGAAGCAGCUUCUACCUCCCCCGGCGCCGCACUCUUCGUUCACCUUUGAGUCCGACUCGCAGAGGGUGCAGGCGUGCAGGCUUCGCACAUCAGCCCUCAGUGCUGUCCCCAUCCAUGUGCUAGCUCGCGGCUCAUUCGAAGAGGUGGCAGCCGCCCGGUACAGGGCGCCCACCAGAAACGGCAGCGGCGCAACGCCAUCGACAGUGUCACCACAGGCACGUUCGUCCUUGGCACCAUCCUCAUCAGCGAUGCACAAGAGCAUCACGAUGGCGGCAUUGGAGCAGGGUAAUGGGGAGUAUGCCGCAAUUUCCACCAUCUCAGCACGCCCAAUGCGGUGGUCCGCUGAUGUUCCAUCGCCAUUGGUGCCUGUGCGUUCAGCACUCCCAGACGGAAGUUUACUGACGUGCAAAGGAGAGGCAGCUCACAUCGCUAGGCCUCCAGAGAGGCUGCAGUUGUAUCAGGCCUCAUCAACAGUCGCGGAGCAGGAUUCACGUAGCGGCGAGGCAGACACAUCCGCGUACAGCGGUGCCGAAGACGUAUCGGCAUGGUGGACUGUCGACAUCUUCAUCAUCUCCGUUUCGAGCCACUGCGGCUCCGCCCACGAGGGGGCCGCGGCGAUGAGGGCUGCCGCGCUGUUGCGGUCCCCAGCCGACAUGCGCGCGGCUCAGUCGAUUCAGUGCAGGGCACCGGUGCUACCAUCCGAUGCGUCGGCAGAGGAGGCAUGGGACAUGACGCAGUCUUUUCUGCGCUGUAUUGCGCUCACGUCCCUCCGCACCUUCUCGCCGCUCUGUGUACCACAGGGCUACUUCUAUUUUGACACGGACUUUAACCAAUAUGUCCAGCUUUCCGCGGACACGCUGCCAUUGGCGAGUACGCUGUUCUCCGUCGUGAUGGUGGCAGCAGGAGUCGACACCCCCAUCGUGGAGGAGGGGUGUGAAGGGCAUGCAGAGAUGUCGGACGCAACGGCGGAAGGCGUACCGGAGGUUUUGGGGUUGCGUCCAUGCCCCGUUGCGCAGCAUCACCACAUGCCCACACACGCCUCACCGCCCGGUGACCGCGACGGUGCGGUGCCACGCCACCUCUGGGGUGACAGCGCCGAGCGUGGUUUGACUGCCAUCACCCCUCGUCCACCUGGAGGCCGCCCCACCUCGGUGCCUCAGCACGGACCAUGUCCCUUGGCGCAGCCGCGCAGCUCGGUGGACAUAGCGUCGGCGCCGUCUAUCGCGGCGGGCAGCUCAUCUCGACCCCGACCUGCGUUUGACCGGAGGACCAGCAGCAACAGCCCUUUCAAUCCAGAGGAGAAGGUACCCCCGUACCAACGACACCCUCAUAGGUCCUGCAAGGCAGCGGUAGUGUCGCCAGACGCGCGAGGCAACGACGACUCCACCGGCAUGAUUCUCACGUACAACGGCAACUCAGAUGAGGACGGCAGCUACCUAAUGGGCUGGAACGGCGUGGAGAAUGAUGUCGAUGAUGUCGUUUACGGCGUCGCAUCUCCUCCUCCGCUGCCGCUGUCGUACAGGGAUCGUACAUACGGCCAUUACGUGGAUGAUUAUUGUGCUGCAUGGGAGGGGAUGGGCGAUGUUGCUGGUAGCCAAUCCAGCAAUGUCAAUGUGGUCUACAUCGAUGACAACGAAGCUGUCCUACAUGCGGAGGCGGAGGAGGUCACACGAGAGGCUGAGCUGCGAGCUGCCAAGGCGGCGGAGCGGCAAUUUCGCGCGAGCUACGGCGGCAACAGCAUCAGCAGCAACCCGGACAACCCCAACUGUCUUCAGCGCUUUUACAACGCCCCGCAGUCCUCGAAGCCACCGACGCACCCGCUUCCAACCUGCCCAGCUGCGCACGGGCUGCUCGCCCGGCUGGGUAGUGACAGCAGAGCCCCGGCACCGCGUCGUCCAACGGCUCCCGCGCAAGGGUACAGCCAUGUAGAGAUUGCCGCGACAAUACGAGGACCUUCUUCACCGCCCCUUCCUGGUCCCCCUCUACAGCCGUCUCCUCAGCAGCUGUUCUUCGACGACCCCAUUUUGCAGCGCCACAUGCAGAGCCCAUUCAAGCGGUCGAUGUCGUUUUCACGACCCGCUGCAGGAAGCGCAGAGUGGUGCGAUGGCGGACGCUACCCUACCUACGUGCCAUCCCCGCCCCGCACGGCCCCAGCAGCACCAUCGCCACCACACGGGGCCUACAUGCCUGUAGCGCAUCCAUAUUUCGAUCCCUCCUCGUCGAUGGGAUCGUAUAUGCCUGACUUUGCUCCAACUCCGCGAUUCAGUGCGCAUACCACGGAGGCGUCGACAAUAGCGAUGAAUCCAGCGCAGCGUGGCGCCCUCAAUGCACUGCUGCAGAGGUCUGUUCAGGUGUGGCAGCAGGGAUACAGCUCUCCGACACAUUGCCGGCAACCACCAACAUCACCAAUCUCUAGUGGUGGCGUGGAUGCCGCGACCGCACCUCCACCUGUGACGACGUCAACGGGGCCCCGGCCCCCCCGCUCGGCAGCAGACGCAGAGGUGGACUCUGCUGCUUCCGCCGUCAUGGUUGCAAUUGCCUCCACUGCCUAUCCUCUCGGCGCGUCCUCGUUCAGCUCACUGUCUCAGCCUCUGCCAUGGUCUGUGACGGAUGCCACAGUACUUCAAGGUGUCGUGGUGCCACCACCAACGUCCGUAGAGUUGAGCACAGUCACACCAAUGGGCCACGACUGCUCUUCCUCUCCGCCCAAAGGCGAGUGUUGUUCGACAACGAUCGGCGAGGCGGACAUACCAGGUGAAGUCGAAGCGGAUGCGCUGGUCAGCGGACACACUGCUGCAGCCGCUGUUGCAGCGCUCCCUGAGUCGCACUCGGGCGCAGUGAAGACAACAACGAUCACAGCCGACGAUGUACAGAAUGAGGCCCCAGUGGCGGUGAUGCCACAGGAUGAUCAGCGCCACAAAGAAUGGGCUGAGCGAGAGUACCGCACAGACACCAUACCAGCUUUAGAGGGCGGUGAGGAGGAUGAAGAGGCUGUCGGCGUGCACGUAGACACGCAUGACGAUGCGAGGCGAUCCACGGCUGUCGCGACGGCUGCGACGACCGCCGCGGACGCUCGGGGGAGCAGGGGCGGGGGCGGUGGUACUCUUUGGCACCUGGCAGACACAGAGGCAACACCGAUGCCGGGGACUGACAGCAGGGGAGGAGUAGUGGUGGAGCCAAAUGUGGUGCGAGAGGCGCUGUCGGGGGCGCAUACCCCCGCACACGAGGAGGUGUCCCGCAAGGAGCAGUACGACAUAGACGCCGGCACUGAGCUUCUUCCUUCAGUAGACGAAGCCGAGACAUCACCACUGGCGGCAGCAGUGGAGCAGCCUUUACCUGUGCGAGAACCGCCGCCAAAGGCAAGCGAGGACCUAUUCCCUGCAGCUAGUGCUGGCCCAUCCCACUCGCCUAGCCCUCCUCACGAACUGUUGGAAGAGCCGAGCACUGCCACUUACGUAUGGGCAACUUCGCUACCGAGAGCCGAUGGUGCUAGGGAGUUCUCAGCAGGCACAUCAGCUGCCUUUUCAGUCAAUGCCAAUGCCACUGCAGGAGGCCAAAAUGCAAACGCCUCCCCGACAUCGACGCUAGUGUAUAGCGUAGCGAAGGAGAUACCUGCGGCUGAUAGCUCUACCCCGGCUCAUGCUGCAGAGGGAGGUGAUGGGGUCGCUGCGAGUUUGGAGGAGCACAAGGAGUCGGCGCGGACGUCUCCGGCAGACACUCGCAUGGAGCUGUCAAGCUCCACUGAAAGUGCAGAGGUCGAGGACCUCAACAUCAUCCCUCCGGUCACCGCCGCGGAUGCCCUUCAAGGUAUGCACAACGUACUCGCCGAUGCGCCUGGGCUGGUAGAGUCGUGGCGGCCGUCUCCGGUGCCUCCCACGACGGCACCACCAGCUGAGUAUUCCGCGGAGGUGCCGCGAUCCCAGAGCGACAGUCACAUGGCGGCUGGAGCCGAGGGCCCUAGUGAGAGCUUCAGCAAUGUUGACCAGGUCGACGAGGUCACGGACAUCGCCGUGGCUGAUAGCGUGAGUGGUGUAAGCGCCCACAUUGUAGCAGCGGAGGCUGUAGGGGGAAUCCCAGCCACUGAUUCAGCCGCUGAGCUGGUGGACACCGAGAAGUCCAGCAGACAACAGGAGGGAGCGGACUGCAGGCCAAAAGACAGCGCUUCCGAGAUCAAUGACUGCGCCGCCGACGAGUCUGUGGCCCGGUUAAAGGCGAGACCGUGCCCCGAUGAUGCCUCUUUAUUGCCCCCAGAGGAGCAGCCUUCGGCUUUAACAGACGCCAUCGCAAUGAAGACAGGUGACGACAACGGGGCCGCAACGACACGAGAGGACGAGGGCGAAGAGGAAGACUUGGCCUGCUCGGCGAAGCCGACGCGCGUGACGGCAUCGGAGGCUCAUGAUGAGGAACACCACGCUGCUGUGGGUAAGGGUAGCGAGGCUGCGCCGCUGCUCAAGCGCGAUGACGGUGCGGAGUGCAGUGAUAACGUGAAGAAUAAAGGCGACGAGACACUCCGCGAGACAGCGGCUGCUGGUACUCGGCAGCAAAAGGAGGCCUGUGAUGCGUCAAGUUCACCACAGGCUCUCGACUCCAAGGGCAAUGACGAGUUGGGCGAUGCUGUUGCGGCGGAGAUGACGCCGAGCGAAAACGAGGAAGAGGAGGAAGGCUCCUUCAGCGCGACGGCAAAUGUAAACACGCUACUGUCGCAGCCGGAUAUGGCAGCGGCCGCUGAGGUCGUCGCUGCAGGAGGCGAUGCGACCCCGCAUGUGAUGACCUCUGCGUCUGUGUUCCUGCCUGCGCCUGUGUUUUCUGUCUCGACAGACAGAGAAAAAGAGGAGGACCCGGAUGCACCGCCGCAGGUCUUACAUCACCGCGCUGCGGUAGCAGCGGCGGCGGCGGCGGCCAACGCCUUCUACGGGUUAUGGGAGGAAUGGGUAACGGAGGAUAGCACAGGUGACGGCGAUGACGCCGGUGGUGCUGGCCAUGUCGACACAACCGCUGAGGGCGAGGAUGAAGAGGAGAGAGAUCCGAGCCAUCCCAGCACCACAUCUGAGGCGGUUACGACCACUACGAUUACGACGACUCAGAACGACUACGAUGGGGCAGUAGAUGUCCCCAUGGACGUUUUCCGCGAUUCCCUUUCCCUCACAAACACUCAAAUACUAAUCCGCCGCUGCGAGAGGCGAGACGAGGAUACGUCGGUUUCGGCGACGGCGAGCUUGGCAGACCCAAGCGACCCGCCCCCUCACACAGUGGGCUCCGAUAUGCACCUGCCACUGGCGCAGCGGCGCGUGACGCUCAUGGCGUACUGCGACGUUGACACAGACGCGGCCGAUGCGCUUUCUCAUUUUCACCACGAAGAGGUCUCACACGCUGGUGCCAUCACAGAUGCCGUAGGAGAAGCUUCAACCUUCGAUGAGAGCGGCGUCGACGCCGAGGCUCCUGGCAACCCUACUGGAGGGGAGGUGCACGUGGCGCCGCCCUCUGUUGUCGAGGCUCUUGCGCCCGCCGUGGAAGUCCCACAACCACUCCCGGCUCCCUCAAGCGCAGAAAUUUCCUCGUCCUUCGUAUCUACGCCAUCAUCAUCGUUGGCAGCGUCACAGCUGGUCGCAUCGCCGAAAGAGUUUCUAGUGCAAACCAACACAAACACCGAUGAUGAUGGCAAUCAGUUCUCGAGCGCUGUGCGAGGGACAGAGGGACUGCCGGACGCCACCAAUGAUGAGCCACACGUGGCGCCGUUCAGGAGUGCUGCGGCCCACGUAGACGGUUCCCUACUUCCGUUGCUGGAAGUGCCUAGUGACGAUGGUAGUGACGGCGCGGUCAAGCUCAGGAUGCCAACGACCAGAGCAGCCUCAGAGGCUAGUGCGGCCGAUGUCCUGCAGCUGCCGCUCCCGCCGCGCAACGACGGUGCCAUGAAGAGGACGAUGGUGCUACUGGGCUUCCCCGGGUCGGCGUGGGAGCUCAUCAUGACCCACCACUACGAGGGCAUGCAUGACGCCUUCACGAACGACUCCGCUGUGGCAGCCAGCGUGCCUAUCUCCGCAAUCCAGGACGUGCGCUACAGCAAGGGGAGUCUCUUGGUCGAUUUCUAUGUGUUGCACCCGGCGAGUGUUGAUGCGGUCUUCAUUCGGGAUCAGAUGUCAAAUUACUCGUAUCCGACUCUCUGGGCUUUUUAUGAGGUCAAGAAGCGCGAGCAAAAGAGGCUUCUGCGCAGCCACGGGAUGAGCGUAGCGGGUGCAGUGCCCGUGCAGUGUCUCCCAGUACCUUCAACGCCGGCGCUCUCGUCACAUGAGGAGGUGGGAUGGGCAUCCUCUUAG